AAUAACGACAUCGACUCGGCAUUCACACCCCCCGUCGACAUCUUCUCCACAGAACGCGCCUACGUGCUACACUUUGCCCUCCCAGGCGCCAAGAAGGAGGAUGUCGGCGUGAACUGGGACGCCGACAAGGGCGAGCUCCGCGUCGCGGGCGUGGUGUACCGCCCCGGCGACGAGGAGUUCCUGGCGACGAUGGCGUCUGGGGAGAGACGGAUCGGCAUGUUUAGCCGGUCUGUGCCGCUGCCGCCUCGUGCGCGCAACGCCGGCGCUACUCCUUCUGAGGAGAUUGACGCGCUCGCCAUCAUGGCCAAGAUGGAGGAUGGUAUCCUCGUCGUGACCGUGCCCAAGGUGGAGAAGGAGUGGACGGAG